AGAAAUGCAGUAUGUGUAUUCACCCCCAGAGGGCGACAACGACAACUCGACAUAAACCGCACGUGGUCUGCUUGUAUACAAUCACACGUGUUUUCAUUGACUUCCAUUCCAUGGUUUUAGGUUAGAAAGUUGUGUUUUGCGGUAGCCGAACGAGCUGAGAAACGUUAUGUUGAUAACAGCUUAUUCUCAAAAGUCUAUUUCAGCAUGAGUUUAUUCGUUGUAAAUAGGUACGAGGAUGAGGAGUGGAAGAAAGGUAAUGACGAUUCUCAAAAUCAUCUUUCGGAUUUAUUGAAACGAAUUGCCGAAAGAAAACGGGAGAGAGAAGCUGCUGCAAAGGCUGCAGCAGAAUCGAAAGUAGAAACUGCAAAGAAAGAGCCUGAGAAGGUAACUAAAUCAGAGACUGUUCAAGAAAAAACCACAGAACCUACCGAUGAGGCGCCGAAAAAGAAAGGAAAGAAGAAAAAGGGAAAGAAAAGAAAGCUUGAUCCACCAAAUGAAGAAGUACCUGUAACUCAGAAUGUCGAAAGUAUUACUGAAAAUGGUGAGGAAAGUAAAAAAGAUGCAACUCAGAUCACGCAAGAAGAUUUUACAAUCUUGGGAAGCAAAAAGCGAUUAAAAACUCAAGUUGCAAAGAGAGUUUUGCCUCAUUGGCUAACGCAUCCAGAAAUUGUGCAUUCGGAUUUGAGCAAAGGACCUACGUUAGAUGAUAUGCAGAAUGUUUUGGAUUCUAAACUGGUGGACAAACUCAAAGCAGAUGGCUUUGACAAAUUAUUUCCAGUUCAAGCAAGGGUCUUGGCUUGGCUCGUAAAAUGUGACCAGGAUUAUAAAACUGGAAAGUGGGUUCGAGAUACGUGUGUCUCUAUGCCAACUGGAAGCGGCAAAACCCUGGCUUAUGCUCUACCAAUUAUUCAGUUACUCCAGCACAAUUUUGUGCGACUGGUACGCUGUUUGAUUGUCUUACCGGUUCAGGAACUUGCGACACAGGUUUAUGAUGUCAUUUCAAAAUACUCCACUGGCACAUCUCCUAGGAUAGCACUGAUUUCUGGAGCCUCAUCGUUCAAAGAGGAACAGGAAAAACUUGUUCAAAAAACUGAAAAAGAUGACUAUAUUAGCAGAGUUGAUAUAGUGAUAGCAACACCUGGUCGGCUGAUAGACCACAUUAGAAAGACUGAAGGUUUUUCACUUUCUGCUUUGAGGUUUUUAGUUAUCGAUGAGGCUGACAGAGCAACAGAAUGGUUACAGUACAUCCCUUUUCCUCAUUCAAAAGCUCCUCCUCUUUCUGUUGCAAACGUUCGUUCUAGUUGGAAUACACCCGCUCAAAAAUUACUACUGAGUGCAACACUGUCACAAGAUCCUGAAAAAUUAAGUAGACUCGGUCUGUUUCGGCCCAUACUAUUUACUUCGGCAGUCGUUGAUUUGGAGAAAACGGACAAAGAUAUCAAUCUUGACGAAGAUUUGAAUGUUGCAAGUCGCUACGGGAAUCCCAGCGAAUUAACUGAGAGAAUCGUCGAAUGUUCGAUUCAACAUAAACCACUCGCUUUGUAUCGGCAACUCAUGAAAGACGAAGUUAUUGAAAAAACGUUGGUCUUUACGAAUUCCGCCGAAGCAGCUCACAGGCUGGCGAUCCUUCUACAAUCUUUGCUUAAAAGUAAAGAUGUAACUGUUGGUGAACUAUCUGCGCAAUUGGGCUCGAAACAGCGAGAGGAAACUCUCGAAAAGUUCAUUCAAGGAACACUGAGGGUACUGGUGAGUUCAGACGCGUUGGCUAGAGGACUCGACAUUCCGGAAAUCAAACUUGUCGUGUCUUACGAUCUUCCAAAACAUGUCAAGGGUUACAUCCACAGAGCCGGUAGGACGGGUAGAGGAGGCCACCCCGGAACCGCCAUUUCUUUGCUCUUACCAAAUCAAAUAGCGCUGUUCAGUAGGAUGUUAAACAAAGUUGGAAAAUCAGUACCAACUCCGGAAAAGGAAAGUUUAGACGAAGUCGCUGAAUCUGUAAAUUACGAAAGUCAUUUGGAAAAUCUGCAAACGACGUUAGCAAACGAGCAGGAGCAAAACAUUCGUCGACUGAAGUCCCAUAAGCGUGUAAUUAAAACGUAAUUGAAUUUCAAAUUUAAGUUAAUUCGUAUGUAAGGAAAGUAAAUUGUAUAGUUUUGUUGAAUAACAUCGAUAAUAACAUUUUA